UCUUCAGAAUUGUUUGCAUUUGACCAGAAAGAUGCUGAACUUGAUGAUCAACUCUGGAAAUCUGCUGCUGCUGCUCAUACAGGUUACCACUGGUCAGACAACAGAUGCCUCAGUCAGAUUGGUGAAUGGAAAUAACUCCUGCUCUGGGAGAGUGGAGGUCUACUUUGGUGGUCGCUGGGGGACAGUUUGUGACGACUCGUGGGACUUGAAUGAUGCCCAGGUGGUGUGUAGACAGUUAGGCUGUGGGACAGCUCUGUCUGCACCAAUUCAAGCCCUAUUUGGACCGGGGAAUGGGACAAUAUGGAUGGAUGAUGUUAGAUGCACAGGCAGAGAGUCUAGUCUCACACAGUGCCCUCACAAAGGAUUCGGAUUAAGCAACUGUAAUCAUUAUGAAGACGCUGGUGCCGUCUGUUCAGCCUCGUCAGGGGGAAGUGACACGACAGCAGCACCCCCACCUAUUCAUACAACCACAUUGACUGACGCCCCAGUCAGAUUGGUGAAUGGAAAUAACUCCUGUACUGGGAGAGUGGAGGUCUACUUUGGUGGUCGCUGGGGGACAGUUUGUGACGACUCGUGGGACUUGAAUGAUGCCCAGGUGGUGUGUAGACAGUUAGGCUGUGGGACAGCUCUGUCUGCACCAAUUCAAGCCCUAUUUGGACCGGGGAAUGGGACAAUAUGGAUGGAUGAUGUUAGAUGCACAGGCAGAGAGUCUAGUCUCACACAGUGCCCUCACAACGGGUUUGGUUCACACAACUGUGGACAUAAUGAAGACGCUGGUGCCGUCUGUUCAGGCAACCCGAUUCGAUUGGUAAACGGUAAAAACUCCUGCUCUGGGAGAGUGGAGGUCUACCACAGUGGUCGCUGGGGGACAGUUUGUGACGACUCGUGGGACUUGAAUGAUGCCCAGGUGGUGUGUAGACAGCUGGGAUGUGGGACAGCUCUGUCUGCACCAGGCCAAGCCUUCUUUGGACCGGGGAAUGGGACAAUAUGGAUGGAUGAUGUUAGAUGCAAUGGCAGAGAGCUGACUCUUACAGAGUGCCCUCACAAUGGAUUUGGGUCACACAACUGUAAUCCUUAUGAAGACGCUGGUGUUGUCUGUUCAGCCUCGUCAGGGGGAAAUGACACCACAGCAGCACCCCCACCUAUUCAUACAACCACAUUGACUGCCUCGUCAGGGGGCAGUGACACCACAGCAGCACCCCCACCUAUUCAUACAACCACAUUGACUGACGCCCCAGUCAGAUUGGUGAAUGGAAAUAACUCCUGUACUGGGAGAGUGGAGGUCUACUUUGGUGGUCGCUGGGGGACAGUUUGUGACGACUCGUGGGACGUGAAUGAUGCCCAGGUUGUGUGUAGACAGCUGGGCUGUGGGACAGCUCUGUCUGCACCAAUUCAAGCCCUAUUUGGACCGGGGAAUGGGACAAUAUGGAUGGAUGAUGUUAGAUGCACAGGCAGAGAGUCUAGUCUCACACAGUGCCCUCACAACGGGUUUGGGUCACACAACUGUGGACAUAAUGAAGACGCUGGUGCCGUCUGUUCAGGCAACCCGAUUCGAUUGGUAAACGGUAAAAACUCCUGCUCUGGGAGAGUGGAGGUCUACCACAGUGGUCGCUGGGGGACAGUUUGUGACGACUCGUGGGACUUGAAUGAUGCCCAGGUGGUGUGUAGACAGCUGGGAUGUGGGACAGCUCUGUCUGCACCAGGCCAAGCCUUCUUUGGACCGGGGAAUGGGACAAUAUGGAUGGAUGAUGUUAGAUGCAAUGGCAGAGAGCUGACUCUUACAGAGUGCCCUCACAAUGGAUUUGGGUCACACAACUGUAAUCCUUAUGAAGACGCUGGUGUUGUCUGUUCAGCCUCGUCAGGGGGAAAUGACACCACAGCAGCACCCCCACCUAUUCAUACAACCACAUUGACUGCCUCGUCAGGGGGCAGUGACACCACAGCAGCACCCCCACCUAUUCAUACAACCACAUUGACUGACGCCCCAGUCAGAUUGGUGAAUGGAAAUAACUCCUGUACUGGGAGAGUGGAGGUCUACUUUGGUGGUCGCUGGGGGACAGUUUGUGACGACUCGUGGGACGUGAAUGAUGCCCAGGUUGUGUGUAGACAGCUGGGCUGUGGGACAGCUCUGUCUGCACCAAUUCAAGCCCUAUUUGGACCGGGGAAUGGGACAAUAUGGAUGGAUGAUGUUAGAUGCACAGGCAGAGAGUCUAGUCUCACACAGUGCCCUCACAACGGGUUUGGGUCACACAACUGUGGACAUAAUGAAGACGCUGGUGCCGUCUGUUCAGGCAACCCGAUUCGAUUGGUAAACGGUAAAAACUCCUGCUCUGGGAGAGUGGAGGUCUACCACAGUGGUCGCUGGGGGACAGUUUGUGACGACUCGUGGGACUUGAAUGAUGCCCAGGUGGUGUGUAGACAGCUGGGAUGUGGGACAGCUGUGUCUGCACCAGGCCAAGCCUUCUUUGGACCGGGGAAUGGGACAAUAUGGAUGGAUGAUGUUAGAUGCAAUGGCAGAGAGCUGACUCUUACAGAGUGCCCUCACAACGGAUUUGGGUCACACAACUGUAAUCCUUAUGAAGACGCUGGUGUUGUCUGUUCAGCCUCGUCAGGGGGAAAUGACACCACAGCAGCACCCCCACCUAUUCAUACAACCACAUUGACUGUCUCGUCAGGGGGCAGUGACACCACAGCAGCACCCCCACCUAUUCAUACAACCACAUUGACUGACGCCCCAGUUAGAUUGGUGAAUGGAAAUAACUCCUGUACUGGGAGAGUGGAGGUCUACUUUGGUGGUCGCUGGGGGACAGUUUGUGACGACUCGUGGGACUUGAAUGAUGCCCAGGUGGUGUGUAGACAGUUAGGCUGUGGGACAGCUCUGUCUGCACCAAUUCAAGCCCUAUUUGGACCGGGGAAUGGGACAAUAUGGAUGGAUGAUGUUAGAUGCACAGGCAGAGAGUCUAGUCUCACACAGUGCCCUCACAACGGGUUUGGUUCACACAACUGUGGACAUAAUGAAGACGCUGGUGCCGUCUGUUCAGGCAACCCGAUUCGAUUGGUAAACGGUAAAAACUCCUGCUCUGGGAGAGUGGAGGUCUACCACAGUGGUCGCUGGGGGACAGUUUGUGACGACUCGUGGGACUUGAAUGAUGCCCAGGUGGUGUGUAGACAGCUGGGCUGUGGGACAGCUCUGUCUGCACCAGGCCAAGCCUUCUUUGGACCGGGGAAUGGGACAAUAUGGAUGGAUGAUGUUAGAUGCAAUGGCAGAGAGCUGACACUUACAGAGUGCCCUCACAACGGAUUUGGGUCACACAACUGUAAUCCUUAUGAAGACGCUGGUGUUGUCUGUUCAGGCUCAGAGUAUCCUACCCCAGAGCUGGUGUGUGGGCAGAGCUUUCUAAAGUUUGGUAUUAGCCAGGCUCAACUGGAAGCUGAAGGUCUGAACGCAUCUUCUGCUCACCUGGCUGAUCGACGUUGCUCUAAUAGCUGGUUGGCCAGCGGCACAUUAUGGUUCCAGGUGACACGCAGGGAAGGCGACUGUGGGAACACACUGAGAACGAACAGCACCCAUGCCAUUUACUCCAACAGUUUGUUUGUGUACCGUGUGCACAGCGUUCCCUUCACCCCACCCGUGAGUCUUCCCUUCUCUUGUGCCUAUCCACUGGACACGGAGAGCAGCCUGGAUGUGGCCAUUGCACCCUACCUACCGGUGGGAGGAGUUUCAGGUGUUGGCUCUAAGCCCAACGCGUCCAUGUCUCUGUACCGCUACUCCAACUACACACAGCCUUACCCCGGGGGUCUGACCGUCCGUCUGCCACUGGGCUCCGCCCUAUAUGUGGGCGUGUCAGUCCAGGAGAUGGAGAGCCAGCGAUUUGUGGUUGUCCUGGUCGACUGCUACGCCACUCACUCCCCGAACCUGGAGGGCAGUGUGAAAUAUUUUUUCAUUCGGAACAAAUGUCCUGUUGAUCCUACCCAGGUGAGUGUGGAAGAGAAUGGCUCGUCACUCAGGGCUCGCUUCUCCACAGAGCUGGUCCUGUACCAGGGAUCCUAUCGGGACGUCUACCUGCACUGCAGCCUCAGCCUGUGUGACUGGAGGAGCUCCCGCUGCUCUCCGUUGUGUUCCAGUAGGACACCCCGUUCUGUCUCUAGUCCCCACACCUAUUCUGUCACCGUUGGGCCAAUCACCUGGGUUGAUUCCACUGAACCUUCAGAAGUACCAAACUAACCACAGCGAGCUGUUGGAACAGAUGAUCCUGUCAUGAUACUUUUUAUUCCCUUUCUUAAUGUAUUUCACUAAAUGUUUUGUUGUUGCGAAUAAAUAUCAAGAUCCACAACAUUAAGGAUACCUACAUUUAGGUAUCCCCUUGAUCUACAGACUUAUAAGGUACAGCUAGGUUUUAUAAUUACUCUAGUUUUUUUCCUUUGAUGGGGAUUUGCUUGUUCCUUAAUAUUUGAGAUGUUUGACUACAGUAUAUUGAUUUAUAGAUGACACUUUUUUGUGAUUUUAAGGUGGAUGAUUUAUUGUAAAUUAUUUUUAUGUAAUUGAACUUUUAAGAAAAUUUUAAGAAAAUGAUUGAGAAAAAUGUGUACCACACUUGAGUUAAGUUUGUUACAUGAGCUCUAAAAGAUUAUACAAUAAUAAUAAUUUAAUGAAUGCUUGUAUAAAUGGGGUGUAUCACAGCUAAUAAAUGAGGUUAAGCUAU